AUGCUAGGGCCAUCGGUGAAGCGGCUGGCGUGGCUGGCCGCCACGAGGCCGCUGGAGAAGGCCGGGAUGGUUUUGGUCCUCGCCGCGAUGGUGUUCUCCGCCGCCGCCGCCGCGCUGCUGCUGCUCGCCUGCCCCGCGUCGUCCCGCUGUUGGACGGCCGUCGGGUCCGCCCUGUCGGCGCCUAAGAAGCUCUGGGGCUGCGGAGCCUCUGUCGCGCCCGGUGCGGUGGCGCGGGAGUGCGACUUCUUCGACGGGGAGUGGGUGCGGGACGACAGCUACCCGCUCUACGAGUCCAAGGACUGCCCGUUCCUCGACGGCGGGUUCCGGUGCUCGGAGAACGGCCGCCCCGACGCCUCCUACACCAGAUGGCGGUGGGAGCCGUCGUGCUGCGAUCUCCCCAGGUUUGAUGCUAAGAGUAUGCUAGAGAGGCUACGAAACAAAAGAGUGGUAUUCGUCGGCGAUUCGAUUGGAAGGAACCAAUGGGAGUCUCUGCUCUGUAUGCUCUCUACGGCUGUUCCAGACAAGAGCUCCAUCUAUGAGAUCAAUGGCAGACCCAUCACAAAGCAUGAUGGAUUCUUUAUAUUCAAGUUCAGAGACUACAAUUGCACGGUUGAAUAUUACAGGUCUCCUUUUCUGGUCCCGCAAGGUCAUGGACCGGCUGGAGCCCCAAAGUUUGUUAAGAGUACCGUCAGGGUGGAUUCCAUGGAUUGGAUGUCUGGACGGGGUAAGUGGAGAGAUGCUGACAUGCUCAUCUUCAACUCUGGGCAUUGGUGGACAAAAGACAAAACAAUUGGAUGUGGUGCGUAUUUUCAAGAAGGGAACGAGGUGAAGAUGGAUAUGAGCGUCAGCGAUGCUUACAGAAGAUCAAUAAAAACACUGUUCGACUGGCUUCAGAAAAAUGUUAAUGCAAACAAGACCCAGGCCAUCUUCCGUACCUAUUCUCCUACACACUUCAGCGGUGGUGACUGGAAUUCUGGAGGGUUUUGUCAGCAAGAAACACUUCCAGACAUGACACCGUUCAAAUCGCUGGAGCAAUGGGCCGACAUGCUGAAACCCGUGAGAGAUAUUCUAGGGAGCCAUCACAGGCCCAAGCUGCCUGGGCUGGAUAUACUGAACGUGACCCAGAUGACGGCCCAACGAAAAGACGGCCACCUCUCAGUGUUCAGAAGUCCUCUGAGUUCAAGGCAAGCCCUUAUCAACAAGACAUCAGAAAUUAAAGAGGUAGAGGAUUGCAGCCACUGGUGCCUGCCCGGAGUCCCUGAUGUCUGGAAUGAGCUUCUCUACGCCCUCUUCAUGAAAAGGCAAAUCAUGUUGGACCAAAAUGUCUCCAUUUCUGGCUCGAGAACACUGAUCACUGAUCGACAAAGUAUAGGGGAUAUAUCCACGUGA